AUGGCGCGCUUGCCUUUUUCCACGAGUUACCUGCGACGGCACGCGCACCUCGGCUUGACUGUGAAGAGCCUUAACUGCUUUGAGAGCGACAUUGCAAUCGGCCCCCAGCCGUCCCUGUCUUCACCUCCGGCACCGUCGGAACUGCCGCAAAGGGGCGUCUAUACAAACUUACGUCGCUCGGCGUACUCCGUGCUUAGGAACCGCAAUACUCCUCCGGGUGUCUGUGCGCAAAAUCUUCCCUCCCCUAAGGAGUCACUCCCUGCGUCAAAGCGAAACCGAUGCUGCUGUGCUGCGCUACUUUACCGCGCGACUGAGCAGAAACUGCAGCCGGAGAGCCCUUCCUUAGCCUUUGUUCGCAGCGAGGGGGACCGGGAGCGGGACGACUUUGUCUUUGCACUGAAACUUGCCGCUGUGGAGCAGCCGUUACGACGACUGUUGGGCGAGGCAAAGUACGAGGCUCUGGUUGGUCCCGCGUUAACCGAGGCUCAGCAAGUCGGGCUAUGCGAGUGUCUUUCGCAGCUGGAUGGGGCUGAGGGCGAGGGGGUGGACAAGGGCUCCUGGGUGGCGCGACUACUGCUUACACCUGAGGAGGACAAUCGCGUCAAGUGGCUCCACGAGGAUGGAGAUCUCUCCCCUGUCGCCUUCUCACGUCUUCCUUCUUUCAGGACGAUGUACGUCGCGUACCACGCCCGUGAGGUACAUCGACUUGACAUGCAACAAUUUGAGGCUAUCGAGGCACGCAUGAAGGAAAACGGCACAGAUUGGAGCAUGUCUGAUGCUGCUGUUGUAUAUUCUUUCGCGAUGAACAGCAAUGAGCUGAGACCGUUUUUUUGCCAUGUGGUGAGAGACGUUUUGCUUGCAUCUGAGAGAGAUGCAUCCAAUGCGAUGGUAGAGAGAACACCAAGUGCUAAUCUGCGGCACGUUCUUGGGGCCAUUUUACUUUUGCAGUGUUUGAGGCUGCUACAGCAUGAGGCUGAGAAAGUUGCUGGUCAUAUGGCGAAUCCUCCCACUUACCUAUUUACAGCCACUACACGCCUUUUUGAGCUUGCCACGGCAUUGCCGAAAACGGAUGAGGUAACUCGGUUUGUAGAUGUUUUAGCUGAUAGUUGUCGUGCGAGCGUCUUGUUGCUAGCAGCCACAUACAAUGUUCCAGGGGACAGCCCUCAGCUACCCGGCUUCACGCUCUGGUUGCUGAAGGAGGCUCCCAGCUGCUCUACGUGCCACCACCAUUUCCGCCGGAUAGUGCAGCACAGCCAGGCGGACGCAAUUAGUCUCUUGGAAAAAAGCGGUCUUCUUUCGGCGAAGUCCACUGACCUUCGUGUCGUGAUGACGCUCCUCCUGCCACUUCUCGACAGCAGUGGCAAUGAGGAAUUUUUUAUCCUUGUCAUUCGUGAGGUAUUGAUGGGACUGGAAGAACGUCUUCGCCGCGAUGCGCAUUCAUUUUCAAAGGAUGACUUGGGUUUUGUGGCGGCACUUGGUGCACGUCUUUUUGACACACAGCAGCGGGAAAACCUGCGGCCGCAUCGCGGCACAGGCACCUUCGACACUGCGGCGCGUGAACAACUGGAGGAACUGCAGGUGAUGGACGGCAGCCCGUGGGCACUGGUGACCUUCUCGUACAGCCGUCUAAAGGAGAUUCUGCGUGCCCUGGUUCGGGAUCAGCGACGGCUGAAGAGGCAGGUUCAGGUGCAGGUGCGCAAUAUUGUGGAGGCGGUGACGGCUGAUGCACACAGUGAUGAGACACGGGACCACUCUCCUUUUUCUCGUGAGGGGUCUGCGGCAGCCGAACCCAACGUAUUCCCACCCACAACCUCUUCGGCGGGGGUGGCGGAGGAGGAGGGUCGAUGUGCCGCCACCGCCACGACGGACGGCGACAAUGGCAGUAGUGGCCGUGGAGGCGGUGGCGUGGGGAGUGCACCGUCCUUCUUGCGACUGUCCACGCCGGCCUCUAUUCGGGGGCGUUUCGUGGCCUUUGUGGAGGAGUUGAUCAAGGCCCUCGUGGAUGAAACAGGGGCCAAUCAACAGGGCUCAAGGGUUGUCAGCGAUGAACUCUUUGCGUUUGUGGAGCAGCAUGUGCCCUUACCCAACAUCCACGACGAAUACCGGCGGAAACUGUUUCUUCUUGUAAAUGUCUUCACUGAGGGUGGCCCCCCAGGAGAGGCCAAAGCCAACGGCGACCCGGCAGACGACCCGGACGAAAUCCCGGCCGAGUUGCGUCUGCUCGUUACCUCACUUCCUCUCACGCUAUCACCGUGGGCGAGUGUCAUGGUUUUGCGCGAGGUGCUGAGCGAGUCGGCGGGGAAUAAUCCCAGGUAUACGUAUGUUCUUAAUGCGGCUAUUGACCUCCAGCUUCCCAUCUCGGCUACACGCUCGAGGAUCGCGACGGCGCUCAACAUGUGGAGGUUUCUCACCUCGCAGGCGGACAAACUCACCUUCAACGAGCAAGUGCGGAUGAAGCAACGCUGUUUUCUCAAUCUCCCUCUUUCGUACAUCCUCUCCUCUUACUGGUCGCUUUUGACCUGGCUCGCUUUGCUGGCGAUAAUAGGGUUGAAUGUUGUGGGGAUGGACUUUGAGUCGCAGUACGUGGCCACACGCCUGUUUCAGGAGUUUGCCCCGCCGGACGAGGUUCUGCCGCCCGUGACGGAGGCGUGGAACAAGGAGGGGGCGGAGGAGUUGGUCUCCACCUACUUUGAGGACGCUGGGCCGGGUGUCAACAACGUGCCCCACCAGCAGCAGCGGCGAAGUUCAUCAGAGCUGUUUUUGUCGUCUGCGUCGUAUAUUUUCCUCGGUGAAGAUGAUCAGCGCCGCCCCAUGACAGUCGUGCCCAUCGGCAGCAGCGCGGGCCAAGGCGCUGUGCAGCGCGCCACAGAGGAGCUUGCCUGCGCCUCUGCAGUACUGCAAGAAUUCUCGCGGCGGCUUCCCUUUCCGUUUUUUCUUCAACUGGAGAAGGAACUUCCUCUAGAGCUUAUUGUUUCGCGCGUGGCGGAGCGCAUCCGCCGCGUCUCCUUUAACAAUGCAUGGUUUGUCAGUCGUGUCAUCUUCAGGACCUUUCCACUGGGUCGCUACCACACGGAGUACACGCUGGUGUCGCACACCUGUGCGCAGGCCAACCUGACGCGUCGCCGAAUGACAUUCCUGCUCUACAUUAAUCAGGGUGUAACACUUCCCCCGCAGCUGCUCUUCCGUCUCCGUGAAAGCGUCCUGGCGCAGAAAGGGAACCUGGUCGUAGUGGCACACGAGGAUAGCUUGAGGAAGGGUGGCGCUACACCUGCGGUUAUUUCGGAACUCACCGCAAGUGGCUUGGUGCGCUGCAUUCCGUACAAUAAGCGGUGGGCGACACUCGCUGUGCGGGGAGAACCACGACCCAGAGCGGUUGAGAGGUGUGGCGCGCAGGCUCUGUCGCUGUGUAGAGACGUGGUGUCUAAGUGCAUCGCCGAGUCUCUUGUAGCGCUGCAGGUGACGAAGGAGUACCUGGCGCGGUCUGGAUAA